GUUUUUAUUGGUAUUACAUAGUUCUAUACAUUCAGUAUAUUUGGAGUUACAGUAUGGUCCUGGUUUUUAAUUCAGUCUUAAUUCUCCGGUUUAUGGCUUUGUUUUGUAUUUUUUUCAUUGUGAUUCUAUCUAUCUAUCUAUCUUGUUAAUAUUAAUAUCAGUGUCCUCUAAUUUCCUACUUUUUUAAAUAAUAAUGAUAUUAAAGAUCUACUGAACUGAAUUUGAUAAAGUUAAUAAUUGAAAACUUAUUGUUUUUCCUAUUUAAAAUCAGGGUGUUUGAUGGUUUCAAUCAGUGUUUUGCUGAUAUAUCCUAUUAAUUAAAACAUUUUUGGAAAAUGUUGUAGUCUAAAUCCCAUGCCGUUUUACCAGUGUACCCAGUGGCAAAAUAAGUACUCAGUGCAUUAACUUAAGUAAAAGCACCGAUAGAUUACUGUAAACAUACUCUGUUCCCGUAAAAGUACUGCAUUCAAAAUCCUACUGAAGAAAAUCCUUAUCAGCUAAAUGUACUUACAGUGUCAAAAGUACUUUUUCAGGAGUAAAAUGAGCCCCACGACUGAAAUAUUAUUAUAUGUGACAUUAUUAAAGUUUUAAUACCAGUUCAUCACUCUGUUACUAGCAUUUUACUGUUGUAACUGAUUGAGGUGGAGCUGGUUUCAACUAUUUUGUGUACUAGUUUGGUCCAGUGGUUCCCAACCUACAGGUCGCGCCCCUCUAAAGGGUAAUAAGAUAAAUCUGAGGGGUCGUGAAAAGAAGAAAAAACACACUUAAAAAAAAAACAACACUAGUUUCCAACGUUCAUAUGUAACUUACCACCCUGGCAAAUUGAUUAAAUGGAGUAAAAAAAACAAGAACAAUAUUUCCUCUGAACUGUAGUGAAGCAGAAGUAUAAAACUAGCAGGUAAAGCAGCAGUAACUCAAAGUUGUACUUAAGUAAGGUACCUGAUGCACUUAGUUAUUUUCCACCACUGCAGACUGAGCACACUUUUACUUAAUGUAAAUAAUGUAAAACACACAACAAGUAAUUAGAAAAAUGGAAAUUGAUAAAAUGGACAUAUUUAAGUACAAUACUGGAGUAAAUGUACUACGUUAUUUUCCAUCUAAAUGUAAAAGCAGUCUCUCAUCUUUAGGUGUUGGGAUGAAGCUCCAUGAGAAAAUUUUGACCCAUUAUCUGUCAUGCACUUCUCCAGUAGAUAAAGAGGGAUAUCUCUACAAAAAGAAAGAGCGGAAUGGCACCUACCAGCGACGGUGGUUCGUCCUGAAAGCAAACCUGCUUUUCUACCAGGAGCGGCCAGCUGACCGACACCUGCUGGGUGUCAUCGUGCUGGAGGGGUGCGCAGUAAGACGCUCCGAGUCCGACGGACUGUUUGCCUUUUCCCUGGUGUUUGAAGGGCCCGGUCUCAAAACCUACAGAUUUGCAGCGGUGGAUGGUCAGACUCAGGAGAGCUGGGUGACAGCUUUGCUGUCAGCCAGUCACUGUUACCUCUCCCUGCUGGUGAGAGACCUGGGGAGACAGUAUGAAGAGGCUAAACAGCAACAAAGUUCUGGUGAAUCCCAUCUCACCUCCUCUGUCAGUGCCCUUAAACAGUCCAAGAGCACCUUCCUCUUCCCUGCGCAGGGGCCAACAGCAGUGGUCAGGGAGGGCAGAAGCUUCAGUGCCAGCACUGUUCUACAAGCACCUUCAAUAGCCACUAGAGCGGUACCUAAAAAGUCCCCUAAACUGUGGACCAGGAGAAACCCUAUCGUCACACCACUUAAUGGACCGGCGCCUUCGUAUGGCGAAUGGCCUUUGGUGGGUUUGGAUCCACUUGAGGAGUUCAGCAAACUUCACGAUUAUUACGGCCAGGAAGUGAAGAAAGCGAGAGAGGAAUGGCUGAGGAGUCGACAAGCAGAGGAAGAGGAGCACAGUGAUGGAGAUCUCAUCGACCUGGGGUGAAAAAAAAUACACAGCUAAGAGGAACUGAGAUGGGGUGAAUCAUGUGUGUCAAAGAGGAACUGAACCUUUUGUGUUUUGAGUUAUCCUGUAUUUAGGAACUUAAAGUUUGAGGUCCAGACACCUGUAAAUGUGUUAAAAGUACAAGCAUGGAUGCACGCUUGUACUUUCUCAUGCUUGUGUCCCAUGCUCGUGCAAGCAUGAGACAUAGUACAGUCAGUGGAGGAAGGUAAUCAGCAGAGGGCGCUGCAGGCAGAGUGAGCUGAGACUGGAGUGAGAGUUCAAUCCUAGCAGUGUGAUUUAAAUAGAAAUAGUAAAGUGAUUAAUAGAAGUAUGCAUGAGACAAUAAAAAGCUGUUAAAAUUAAGUGCCUUUAAUUGAGUUAUCCACUCAUUUACUGGGAUCAUUACACCACGUCUGACUGUAAUUUCUAUCUAUCUACCCACUGUGUUAAUUAGACAAAGCGACAUGAUUAGUGACAAAACCGUGGUAGUGGGUAAGAGUAAUAGACUUUUUAACUAAGCUGUUUAUUCAGCUAUCAUUCCUCUUUCAAAUGCAAUCCCACCAGACUGAAAAAAAAGUCAAAUCUGACAUCUGGCCUGUACUUAAACUUCAAGUCGGCACUGUACUGUAUGGCGAUCGAUGACAUGACACAAUCCGAGAUGGAAUCAAAUAACACAACAGGGCAACCUCAGGCUGGUAGGUGAACAAACACACCAGAGUAUGAGAUUACAUCCUCUGACGUCCUCCUGCAUAUGUCGAGCUGGGAGCUUCUCCACAUGCCAGACCCUACAGACAGACAUGCCAAUCAUCUAAAGAGUGAUAGAUGGCCUCAGAGGAGCGUGGCAAGAGGUUUCACAUUGCAGUAACGGCCCCCUGCAGUGUACACACAUCUGUACGGAAACACUUUGUCAGGAUAGCAGCACGUAAAGACAUUAUAA